UAGAAGUUCGAAUCCUAUUUUAGUCAGUAGUAAUCAGUAUCACAACACGAUAGGAACACAAAUAUGACUGAAGGCUUAAAAGCGAUUUUAAGAACAUUCAUAAAACGCAUAAUGUCAUCAUCUGAAUCUUCCGAGUCUUUCCAAACCAACCUAGAGCCGAAGAUUCUUCGCAGUAAUAGCAUCAUCAUGUCAUCCUCGGAAUCUUCCGAUUCUUCCCAGCCUGAAGUGGAGUCCAACGAGCAGCCAACGCUUCGUCGCAGUAAUCGCAUCAAGCAGAUGGAGAAGAGAAAACGUCGACUGACCGAGGAGCAACCGACUGACACGGGAAAAAUCAAACGAAUGAGGACCCUAUAUACCAGGCAGGUGUCCGAGUGUAUGUCCAGCAGGCUAGAGGACCUGGAGUUGGAGCACCAGGAGAAAGAGCAGGAGAUGGGUAGGUUAUUGGAGGCUGCAUCAGAGGAGCUUUUAAGGCUGCAGCAGCAAAAUGGAAAUGGACAAGGGUCCCCCCUUUGUGUCUGCACCGAAUUCAAUGGGGAACUCUUCAAGCUGUACGAUCUGCCCGAAGAUGUGGAAUUUCAUAUUCCAAAAAAGAGCAGACAUAGGCAUAGAAAAGGAUGACUUCCAUAUUAACAAAAAAAAAAAAAAAAAAAAAAAAAAAAAAAAAAAAAACCCUAAAAAAAGGAAUAUAAAAAGAAACCCAAAAAAAAAAAUUAAAUAUAUAAAAUACACUACUCAUAGUAUGAUAGUGGACAAAAAAGAAUAAUAACUAUGGCCGAAACCAUUUUUUACUAAAAAAAAAAAAAAUUUAAAAUGGAAAACUAAAAAAAAAAGCAAAAAUAAAAUUUGGAAAAAAUUCUAGGAAAUGUAAUAAAACGCAUCAUUAUUACGUCUGUCUAUCGAUAUAUCACGUUUUCACCAACUGAAAGGCAAAGCUUCUUCGCAAUAAUGGCGUCUAUGCAGAUCAUCAUGUCACCCCCUGAGUCUUCGGUGUAUCUGCCCAUGAUAAAAGAAAAACACCUUGGAAGAAAAUAACACACUAUUCGUAUUUUGUAUGAUAGUGGAGUAAAGAAUAAUAAAGCAGGGAAAACAAACAAA